AGCACCUGCAGAAGUAAAACAAUGGAGGAAGAUGAUUCGCAAGGGAUUCUUCUUGACUCGCUGCGUAGCUCGGGGGUUCCGAUUCCACCCGGAGUAUCGGCGAUUGAAGACCUCACGCCAGCAACGCUUUUCUUCAUCUGCUCUCGAUCGCUCUGCCUCAUUGAUAAAACCCUGUCGUUUCCUACAUGUUUGCCGGAGGACUCCAUGGCCGACCGCUUCAAUAUCUGCUCCGACCUCGCCUCUGCAUUCAAAAACCUAGGUUUUAUCGAUGAUAUUAACUUCCACGAGUUUCUUUAUCCUUCCGUGGAGGAUUUGUAUAAGUUGGUGAGGUUCUUAGUGGGCAGGCUAGCUGAAUCUUCUGAUGUGCAAAAAGCCAGUAAUGAGUCCGGAAAUUUCAAUUCUGGAGAUACGUUGCGUGGAGAGUCCAACGAAUCUAAUUUAGUCUGUGGAAAUUCGGUAACCGAUGAGGAUGGUGCAGUUGGAAAAUGGAGAGCUGACACAAGAGGCUCAAAUGAAGAAGGAUGGAUGACUAGGGGAGCCGGAGAAUCUUCAGUGCAUAAGAUUCAUGUUGCAGAAUCAAAUGCCUGUGGAGAUGAGCAAACUAUUGCUCUUGGGUUCCAUGAACAUUUUGAGAAGCCUGGGGUGAAUUCUCUUGAGGAGCUUUCAACUGAGAAAAGAAUGCUCUUGGAUUGGAUUGCCAAGACUUCAAAAUUACAACAGAUGCAAGAUGAGCCUGAGUUGCUGAAGGCUGCAGAAGCAUUACAAUGCCAGAUUCCAGUUCAAUUUUGUGUCCAACAGCUCAUAGACCAAAUAGAGGCAAGAAAGGACAAGCUUGUGAAACUUGAGUUUCAGUGGGAUGCCCUGAGAAGUUCUAUAGAAGAGAAAAGGACUAAUCUUGUGGAGGCUGUCUGUUUGACAAAACCAGAUGCCCGUGAAAAGCUUCAAAAAAAGAAAGAGAUCGGGAGAGAAAUUGUGUCCAUUUCAGCAGAAAUGAAAAGCAGGGAGGACGAACUUUCUGUACUUUCCAUGGAACUAGAAAAACAACCCAAGGUAGCAUCACGAGGAUCUUUUGUCUUACGGAUUAAGGAGAUCACAAAGAAUAGCUGCAAGCAAGAGGUUGACAUCGAGCGAAUCUUAAGAGACACUAGGGAGCUACAGUUGGAGAGCAAUUCUAUCCAAGAACGCCUUAAUCGAACUUAUGCAGUGGUGGAUGAAACUAUAUUCAGGGAAGCAAGAAAAGAUACAGUAGCCCGGCAAGCUUAUAGAUUGCUGACAAGAAUCCACGAUUGCUUUGAACAGACAGCUGAAAAAGUUUUGUCGACUGAUCGAACUCGCAGGGAAUUGGCAGAUUAUGAAGCAAAGCUCACAAGCAUGGCUUCCAGAAGCCUGAAUAUUGACAAGCUACGAGCUGAUCUUGAUGCUAUCAGGAAGGAAAAUGAUAUGCUUGAGAUGAGCCUUCAAAAUAGUUGAGCACAGAUAUCAGUGGUUUCAUUGUAGCAUUUGAACUCUGUGCAGUCGUGGGAGCAAAUUUCUACUUCUGCCCAAGGGCGCCUUAAUAGGCGGGGCAUCAUAAAUGCAUGGUUUGAUAUUGGUGCUUCAUUCAAGUAUGGAGGAUUGGUACUUAGAUUUAGGCAGAUGAAAUUUUCUUAUUCACAGAAGAGAUGAGCUUCAUGGGGCUUCUGUUUUGGUUUAUUUUCUUUUCGUUUCUAUCAUGUGUUUUGUAUAUCAAUACCAAUUGGUCACUGUAAAUAAGAACCAAAUUAUCUCUGAAAGAAAAAGAUGAACCAAAUUAUCUCUCAAA